AUAUAUAAUUUUGAAUAAAUACUUACCUGCUCAUAUAUAUCCAUUAAUGUACGAUAUAAUUAUAUUAGGUGAUGAUGAAGGAGAAAUCACAUUCACAGUCCAGCAGCAGCACAAGUUGGAUUGUGCUCAACUCUAAGGGUCACUGUUCCAUCGUCGAUAUGGACAAGCAUCGCAUCAUGAAUCUAGCUCAGAUUCAUUAUCGUGAUUUUCGGAUUCUAGACCCCCUACUUUCAUACCCAUCAGCAAUUCUUGGUCGAGAAAAGGCUAUUCUGCUUAACUUGGAGCAUAUCAAAGCAAUAAUCACAUCUGAAGAGGUAUUUCUCCGAGAUCCACGGGAUGAAAAUGUAGUCCCUGUUGUUGAAGAACUCAAAAGGCGAUUGGCUCGCCAUGUAGACUACUCAACCUUGCAAUUUCAAGCAUUGGAGGUAGCCCUAGAAGCCAUUUGUAGUUAUCUCGCUGCACGUACAACGGAACUGGAAAUGGUUACAUAUCUGUCGUUGGAAAAGCUUACGAACAAGAUCAGUAGCUUGAAUUUGGAUUGUGUUCGAAAACUGAAGUGCACUACUUCUACGUUAACGGCUAAGGUUCAUAAGGUGAGAGAUGAGCUUGAACGUCUAUUGGACGAUGACCAAGAUAUGGCUGACCUGUGCUUGUCAAGAAAGCUGCUUUCGCCAGUUAGUAUAUCAGGUGCUGCUAAUAAGGCUUCUAUCUCCCCAACCUCAGGAUCCAAGAUCUCAAGUUUAUCAACAAUUCACGGUGAAGAAAAUGAUGUGAAGGAGCUUGAAAUGUUAUUGGAGGCUUAUUUCGUGCAAAUUGACCGGACACUGGAAAAAUUAAUCAAUAUGAAGGAGUACAUUGACGGAACAGAAGAUUAUAUUAAUAUACAGAUUGACAGUCGUCGAAAUAAGCUGAUUAAGAAGAACUAAUUUGUCCAUCCAAUAAAAUCAUAACUUGUGCCGUCAAGAGUGUAUCUGCUCUGCUAAGGUUUCACCAAAUAAAGUACCUGCGCCAUAAGGUCAAUGUUACAUCUCAACCAAGACAAUUGAACCGCAACGUAAAAACAAAUAAUGUAGAGUUUCAAUCAGGAUAGUUGACAAAGGAGGAACGAUGCUAACAACAAGGAGGGAGACAGAGGAAAUCUGGAAGGCAUUAUAUAACUGGAGGAGGAGGACGUAAGACAAGGUACCGAUGCUUGCCGAAAUAGUUUGAUGGCUAGACUCUUCGCAGAGAAACAGUUCUCAGCUGGGACCAUGGAGGGCUCAUUGAGAGCAAUAUGGGGAAGACCAGAUGGAUUCAAAGUAGUGGAGUUUAGGCACAACCAAAUUCAAUUCUACUUUGAUAAUGAGUGGAAGAUAGUGAGGGCAGAACGAGGCUCACCGUGGUUAUUUAAAGACUUCUCCUUUCAAGUACAGCGGUGGAAGGAAGACAGAAGUGUGGAAUAUCAAUUUACAAGGUUGUCAUUGUGGCUACAAUUUUGGGGACUUUCUGAGAACUUUAAAACAUUGGAGGUGGCUAGAAAACUAGUAAAUGGUAUUGGGAGCGUGCUCAAAGUGGAUUUCUUCAGUGUCAAAGAAAGAGAGUCACGGAUUGUGAAAGCUAGGUGGAGAUGCAAGGUGAAGGUUUGGUCAGAGAUACGCUAAAAAUAGCAGGUCCAAACAAAAUUCCCAUAGAAAAUUAGGGGGUUCAUAGUUCCGGGUUUGAUUUGCAAAUCUGCGGUAUUUAUCCACAUUCGAUCUGCAUUUUGUGGAUCUGAUCCGAUUCGCAUGAUUAUUGGAUCCGCAAUUAAAUAGGAUUCGAUCCCAGAUUUUGCAUCUGUAUCUACAAUCUGCAAAAUAAAUUAAAAAAUUAUAAUUAAAAAUAUAUAUAAUUAUUUUAACAUUCAAAACUCUAAUCCUCUAGCAACUCUCACCCUCUGUUGUGUUGCUGCGUUUAGGGGUGACAAAUGAACUAGUUCGUCGUAUUGAAAGCCCGUCAUUUAACGGGCUGACCGCUCCACCUCGCCUAGUGAGGUGUUCUGAAUUCCACUCCCGUUCCGCCUAACAGCGGGUUGGCGGGUUAAG